UGAAUAUUAGUUGUAAUACAGAAAACCCAACAAAUGUAUAUGGCAUCACUGAAAUGUUGUUUUCUUUCUGUCAAAUGUGUCACUUAAGCUUCCAGCGUUUAUAAAGAUUCUGCAAGUUCAUAAAGCAAGUUAAGUGUUUAAAUUUCUUGUGAAAUAACGGAAAAAUCUAAAGUAGGUACGCAUUUAAGAAAUGUACACAUGGUGAUAAUAUCUAAAGUGCAAAACUUUGCAUAUUUUUCAGAAACGAAUGAGUCCUAAUAGACACGUAACCUUAUCUUUAAAACAAAAGAUGCAAAUCAUUAAGGAAAUCAAGUGUAAGGAAAAAACCAAACAGGAAGUGUGUGUCAAAUACAAAUGCUCAAUGUCUACGAUCAAUAGAAUUAUCCAAAAUGAAAAAAACAUUUUAGAAAACUCCAAAAUGCAUAACCUGUCAAGCAAGCGAAUUAGAAAUGGUGCAUGUUACGAUGUUGACCGAGCUGUUUCAAUUUGGUUUGAUCAAAUGAGAGCAUCGGGUGCAAUCAUUUCAACAAAUAUGAUUUUGGAAAAAUCAAAACAGUUUGCUGUGACAUUGAACAAGGAUUUUAAUCCCACUACCGGCUGGCUGUGGCGUUGGCAGAAACGUGAGGGAAUAUCCUUGAAAAAAAUUCAUGGAGAAGCUGCAUCUGCCGAUUCGGAAAGUGCAAAUAAUUUCAUCAACACACUUUUCCCGAAUUUGAUUGAAGGUUACAAAUCAUCAGAUAUAUUUAACGCCGACGAGAGUGGUUUGUUUUUUAAAGCUUUACCGGUAUCAACCCUAAGCAGAAAAGAAAGUCAUAAUAAUGGAUUUAAAUCGUCAAAAGAUCGUUUAACUUUGCUUUUCAUAUGUAAUGCCACCGGUGAUUAUAAAAAAGUAAUUAUCAUAGGUAAACCGAAAAAUCCACGCUGUUUUAAAAAUAAAAUUGUGCCUCUUAAAUACUAUCCCCACCAAAAAGCGUGGAUGACGAGGGAAAUCUGGGAAAGUAUUCUAAUUUCUCUAGACGAGGAGAUGGCCAAACAAAACCGUAAGAUUAUUCUGUUCGUGGAUAAUGCUGCAUCUCACAAAAGAACAAAAAUUCUGAAAAACAUUAAUAUUCAGUAUCUACCGGCCAAUACUACCUCCUUGAUCCAACCAUUGGAUCAAGGGAUAAUACACUCUUUUAAAGCGUAUUAUAGGCAAAUUAUAAUACGAAAACAGAUUUCUGCUAUUGAAAGUGGAAAGACUAUUGGAGAAUUUGCGAAAUCUAUAAAUAUUUUUAAUGCAUUGCAUAUAAUUAAACAUGCUUGGUGGUUAGUCAGACCAUUGUCUAUAACAAGGUGCUUCCAAAAGGCUAAAUUCAUUUCCGAAUGUGACGCAGCACCAUCUGCAGAAAAUGAGCAGGAGGAUAUCACUGAAACCAUCAGUGACUUAUCAGGGGAUGAAUUCGACAACUACAUCCGUUGUGACGACAAUUUGGUGUGCUGUGGACAACUUACAGAUGAAGAGAUAGUUAAAGAAAUUUCAUUGGAAAAGGAAGACAAUGAAGACUACUCCGGUAGUGAUGCAGAGGAUGAAAUUCCUAGUCUUCCGAAUGUGCUAAAUUCCCUAACAACCGUCCGAAAGUUUUUAUUGCCUCAAAAUGAGUUCAUACAGGAGCUGGAAAACAUUGAGGAAUAUUCGUUUUGA